GAGUGUAUUCGCCAACAUAUCGAGAACGAAUUAGUUUUGUUAUGGCGACGAGCAGUUCGGACGAGAGUAGCUCUGCUCCAAGAGACUUCCAUCUGUCUUCGUCCCUGGACAGUGGCAGUAGAUUAAGCCCGAACGGCGAACGGUGCCCCCUUUGUGGCAGCUAUAGAAAAAAGUUCUUCUGCAGAGAUUGCAUCCAAAGCGGAGAAUUUCGUUCGGCAACACAACCAAUAGAGACGUUCUCAGAGAAACAAGCUCGAUUAUUUCGAACUCAAAAACAACUCGAUAAACUCCAAAGCGAUUGUUUACCAAUCGUAAAAAGGAAACAAAGAGUUAAAGCUUUGUCUGAUGAACUUAAACAAAAAACAGAUAGGGUUCGUAAUCUUAGAAGUGCAAUCGCUGAAAAAAAGGAGCUUCAAAGGCGAAAUAAAAGUAGGCUAGAAGAAUUAAUCACAAGCAAUGAAAAAUUGGUUAGAGAUCUUCCUAAAUAUGAGGCUUUGGUACAAAAACGUGCUGAUUGCGUUUUGGGGAAAUUCAAUGAUAAGAAUAUCAUCGGUAUGAAUUUGGAGGAAGAAAAAGAACAAUUAAAAAAGAUGGUUAUUCUUAGAAUAAGACAAUUGAUCAAAUAUAUUUUUCCAAUUUCCAAAAAUCAAAUUAAACCUGAUAUGGAAAUUAGCCAGUCAGAAAUUGCAUCAGAAUUAGCUGAAGCAUCUCGAACGACAUAUGUAAGAAAUCGUUGGGUUUACAGUAUGGAUUAUUCAGGAGAAUCGCAUAUAAUUGUUGCCCCGUUUCUACCUGGUACUGGAAAUUACAGUGCUUAUAACGAUUGGGUUGCUCAAAAUAAAGAUCAACCCGGAGCAACAGCAAACGUUCCGGUUCAUCAAAACCCGGCGUUUCGAAUAAGCGCCGCUUUAACUUAUACGGCCCAAUUAGUCCACGUUUUGGCGUUUUAUUUGGACGUUUUUCUACCGCAUAAAUUAAAUUACAGCGAUUUUUGCACCUCAGAUAUUAGCGAUCAACAAUUUUUGAGAAGAGUGGCUCGAUUGAACGCGAACGUUUUGCAACUUUGCGUCUCGCAACAUACCGAUUUAAAUACUCUUCAUCCUAGACAAACUCUUCAUAAUAUUAUACAACUUUUAGAUUCUUCCGCAAGCCAUCUUGGAAGAACUGGACCUAUUGAAGUUGAUAAUCAAAUCGCAGCUGAACUAGAAGAACAACUUUCGGCGGAUUUGUUGAAUACUGACGAUUCAGAUUCGGAGGAGAGUGAUGUUGUUGCUAAUGAAUGGGAAGCUGUUCCCCAUGUACCAAUUUUGGAAACAACAGCACCAUCUCUUCAAUCGACUCAAACAAUUCCACCUCAACAGGUUAACAGUAUGGCCGGUGGUUUAAUGAAUAGCGCGGCUGCAACGAUCGCUUCUAUAUGGAAAGGUUUUACCGGAAGGUAGUUAAUGUCUAUUAAAAUAAUUAAAAGUGCACAAUUUCACUAUGAUGACAGUUUCUUUACGUCUUUGUAAUUAAAGAAACUUUAAUUUAAUCAAUGGCAAAAAAAAUAUCAGAAAUUAUAGAAUUUG